AUGGACAAUUCAGUCCUUGCGGUUGCUCCAGCAGUGGCUCAUCUUGCCCUGCUCCAUGUGAAAAGCAGUGCAUCAACUCAUGCUCAUCGAGGUUACCACUCCAUCUGUGUCAGAUCACUUGCCAACAAACUUGCAAGUAACAAGCAUCAUUAUAAUUCGGCUACAGCAUCUUCAAAAUCUUUUUCGACCCCAGUCACGGUUGUAGUCAAUCCUGCAGCAGGUCAAGGCUGUCCAGGAGAUUGUAAUACAAAGUGCGUCUCUGCCUGUCUUUCUCUUCGAUACAGCUCUUCAUUGUGUUCCGCUUCAUGUCAAAGCUCAUGUGGCCGAGUUUGCGACCAAAGUUUCCAUAUCAUUUCAGCCGACAAAGUGGUGGAUGCCAGUAAGAAGACCCCGCAAAGUUGUGCUUCCAAUUGCGAACAGGAGUGCGAAAGUUCUUGUGCUCUGACGAUGUCGUCCGCGGAAUGUAGAAAGACUUGCAAAUCGACUUGCAUUGGAUUAUGUCCGACUUCCUCACAUCCCACAUUAAUGGAUCUUGACUCAGUCACUUACCAACUAACAACAAAUACUGCAGAGCCACAACCGCAGGCAACAGCUGCUCCAGACAAUCAAGAGCGAGCAGAAAGGCCUUUAAAAAUUAACGUUAAGCUACUCCCGUCUGCAGAAAUCAGUCAGCACCUGUCAUCUCGCACACCGUCUCCAUUUCUGCAGUGUCUUCGACAAUGCGAUAUUGGUUGUCAGCAGAGCUGCCGAGAGCGCAUUCCGUUACCAAAUGAGGGAUGCGAUGCAAGUUGCGUGAAUACCUGUAACUAUGUCUGUGCUCCAUCAGAGCCAUCACAGAUGAUCUCCAGAGAUGUAUCUACAUAUCCAGUGCGUUUAGAUCCACAACAAAGAUGCAUCUCCGAAUGUCAGUCAGUAUGUCAGCUAGCUUGCACGACUCGUUCUCCUUCAGAUCGGUGCAUAGACUCGUGCAUUUCAAAUUGUGAUGAAGCGUGCUCAUCUCCGCGGGUCCAGAAAAACUCUGCGGAACUGUUCCAAAAAAAUGUAACUCACUCGCCUUCCCUGAUCGGCACAGUUUUACCUCCACGCUCAAACAGUGGAGUUUCCACGUCAACACCACUCAACAUUAGCAUUAUCCUGCAGCCAUCGACACCUGCGAAAACGUCACAUUUUUCUAAGCAAGACACUGAAUGCUCAAGGGCCUGCGGAGCGGCAUGCACACGACAAUGUCUUAGCGUCUCAGAUGACUUUUGCAUUAUAGCAUGCAAAAGCCACUGUUACAAUGAAAUUUGUGCGAACUGA